AUGGCCCUUCAUCGCAUAAAAUCUCGUGGACUGGGCCAUGUCGCGAUUGACGAUUCCGAUUCAGACAUAGGACCCUCGAGUAAAGUCAUCGAUGAUGGGCGCGUCAAAGUUCAAUUCCACGACACUCCGGAGGCGCUGGCAGCAUGGUGUGAUCACUUCAAAUCUUCCUUUUCUGAAAACCUGCCCAGCUGCCCACAAUCGCCACCUCCUCAAACCCGUCGAACAAACAGCCUCGCGUUUCUUCCUGGAGUAGAGAAACCCGUCAAAAGCCCCCGCCUCAGCAUCGCAAUCCAUAUCGUAGGAUCUAGGGGCGACGUGCAACCAUUUAUUCCCAUUGCGCAAUUGCUUAUGAAACCACCAUACGGACAUCGGGUACGAAUAUGCACACAUGCUGCUUUCAAGGAGUUUGUUGAGGCCCAGGGGGUUGAGUUCUUCAAUAUUGGGGGCGAUCCAGAGGCUCUCAUGGCGUACAUGGUCAAGAAUCCCGGGUUGUUGCCAAACAAGGACAGCAUCAAGGGUGGAGAAGUUGGAAAGAGACGUAAGGAAAUGUCAGAGAUUAUCUCGGGUACUUGGAGAAGUUGCAUCGAAGCGGGUGAUGGCAUGGGGGAACCUAUCAAAGCUGCUACUGUGGCCAACGCGGAUGAUCUAUUUCUUGCCGACGUUAUCAUCGCCAAUCCUCCAUCCAUGGGCCAUAUUCACUGUGCUCAGAAACUCAGUAUCCCUCUUCACAUGGUUUUCACCAUGCCUUGGUCACCUACCAAAGCCUUUCCUCAUCCUCUUGCAGCAAUGAGCUACGGUAAUGCAGAUGCCAAGGUUGCAAAUUACCUCUCUUUUAUGAUGAUGGAACUGUUGACAUGGCAGGGCUUGGGUGAUCUGAUCAAUAAGUUCCGUACCCAAACACUACAUCUCGACCCAGUCAGUCCGAUGUGGGGAUUUCAACUUUUGUCUAGCCUUCGCGUUCCUUACAGCUAUCUCUGGUCAGAAACAUUAAUACCCAAACCAUCCGACUGGGCCGACCACCUCAACAUCACGGGUUUCUCUUUUCUGCCACUGGCGAACUCUUAUACACCUCCCCUGGAUCUGGUGCAGUUUCUCGAAGAAGGCCCAGCGCCAAUCUACAUCGGUUUUGGUUCGAUUGUUGUAGAUGACCCCCAAGCACUCACGAACAUGCUAUUCAAGGCCAUUAGCAUUGCUGGUGUCCGAGCGAUAGUAUCCAAGGGCUGGGGUGGCGUCGGCGUUGGAGACGUCCCCGACAAUGUAUAUCUUACCGGGAAUUGCCCACACGACUGGUUGUUCGAACGAGUAUCUGCUGUUGUCCACCACGGAGGCGCUGGUACUACAGCCGCUGGAAUUGCUGCCGGUCGGCCAACUGUAAUUGUUCCCUUCUUUGGUGACCAGCCUUUUUGGGGUCAAAUGAUGGCUCGCGCUGGAGCUGGACCUGUGGCAGUUCCAUAUAAACAGUUGACAGCAGAGAUACUAGCAGAAAGUAUCACGUUUGCCUUGAAGCCAGAAGUCAAAGUGGUGGCAAGAGACAUGGCUCUUCAAAUCGGCGAGGAAGAUGGCUCUGGAGGCGCAGCAAUGGAUAUACAAGAUCGUCUUGACAUAGACAGAUUUCGUUGUGAUUUGUGUCCCGAAAGACUCGCCAUCUGGAUCCAUCGAAAGACAGGGGCGCAUCUUAGUGGCUUCGCUGUUGGCUGUCUCUUUGACAACGGACUGCUGCUGAGCACGGAACUCAAGCUAAUUAAACACAAGAAUUGGUAUGUGGAUGAUGGCGCUGAACAUCCUAUUAUCGGUGCUGUAGCUGCCGCAUCGGGGUUUGCCGCAGCCAUAGGAACCGCAACGUCCGAUUAUGCUGCACGCCUGAAGAACAGACCGCAAGCAGGCAGCGCGAUACGCUUCAGCAAAACUUCGCAAGACGAGUCAUUGACAGAGACAGAAGGGGGUGAGGUUCAAGGUGUGCAGGUCAACAAAGGCCCACACAACUUGACGCAGGCAGAUAUGGAAGGCAUUGCACGGAGGAUGGCAACGAAAACUCUUUACGGCGCCGAACCCCCGUUUUUGACAACUGCGAGACUGUGUAGGCCAGUUACGCAGCACAAAAAGAGCUGGAAGGCCCACGAAGGUGGCAGAAACGGACGAGCAUUCUACGUCACCCGUGUGACAGGCAGAUAUGCAUGCGACUUGGCCGCUGCAACUGCGAAAGCUCCGGUGGCGUUUUUCUACAAUGUCGCAAAUGCUUUGCACAACGCUCCACACAAUAUUUUUGAUGUGGAUGUUCGACGUCGUGAUGAGAUCACAGGGCUUGGGAGCGGAAUCAAGACCGCAGGCAAAGAGUUUUGCUUUGGCGUAUGGGAUGCCUUCAGUGGUAUUGUCGUGAAGCCUUACGAAGACACCAAAAGAAUGGGUAUAAAGGGUCUCCCAAGAGGCUUGCUUAGAGGCGGACUGGGGAUCGUGGGUAAUCUAGGAUCGGCGUGCUUUGGGAUCCCUGGAUAUACCCUUAAAGGCCUUGAAAAGGAACUCACUAAACAUCACAUGACGACACUGAAAGCAGAGGUAUUUCUGAUUAGAAUACGGCAAGGCUUGGAGGACUGGCGUAGGGCUACACCAGAAGAGAAAGAUGAGGCG